CUUUUUAUGACGUCAUGGUUUGCUUUCAGACUAGAACCAUUGAACGUCACGAUGCCUUAAUUAAGUUGGCGUGAAAAAGUGCGACGUUACAGUACAGAGAAGCUACGAAAUUGAGAGAGUUUUGUUGGAUUGGGGAAGAUUUUCAUGAAUGCAAACCCUGAUCAAUUGAAAGAAAUCUUGAGGCUUUGCUCUCUUCCCUCCAGAUUUGGAGCAUUGAAAGGUGAGGUACAGCCAUCACUGCCGGGAUGGGGAGGAAGUGUGCGUCCUGUAGGGAUGCCGUGAUGUUCACAUCUAGCGUGCUUGCUUUUGUAACAAUAGUUCAGGCUGCGACAGUGCUGCCUUCCACAGCGCACUACAAGGGCAAGGCAACAGGUUUCACACCAACGAUCCUCUCCCUACAAGAACAAUUAGAAAAGUGGAAGAAUGCACUGAAGGUGUUACCUAGCGACGGCGUGUUCAGCCAGGGGACCGGAAAGCCAGACGAUGAAUCCUGGUUGAACAUCCCAGUGUGGUCCCCAAAGACAGUCUCCCCUUGGAUUGACACAGGUGAGAGCUUUUCAGGUCAGCUCAACCCCUACGACAUGGGCCCCAAUGUGGACGAGGACUUGCCCACGGUGCCGCCCAUCCACUUCAACUUUGACAACCCCAGCGCCCACCACGGCCUGUGGGGCGAGGACAGCAGCAAAGGGGUCAGCAGCUACACCUGGAUCACCAUGGCCGUGGUGCUGGUGGUCUUCUUCAAGGUGACGGUCAUCGCGGUGAUGAUCGCCCGCCGCAUGCGCUACCGUCAGCAUCGCCUGGUUGUCAGAAGCACCAGCAGCAACUCUGUCACCAUACCCAGUGAGUUCACCAGCGACCAGGCCCACUUGGUCACCCCAGCAAACAUUGUUUACGUGGACACAGACGGGCAAGCACCCCCUCCUCUGCCACAGCUGUUCACGCCACCCCCGUAUUGUGAAUCGUUGAUGCCCAACAGCCAGGCCGAUCCUGCAACACCGGAUGAGGAGCCGCCUCCAUAUUCAAAUUAACGCGGGGGGAGGAAAGCACCGUCUCAUUUUUUUUUUCCCUUCUUUACAGUAGAAACAGACACCAGACCAUCUGAAACUUAUGCAUUCCAAACUUGUAAGGGAAGGCUGUCGAUAAAUUGUGUCAGUGAACUGUCCUGCUUCAGUGCGAAGUGAAACAAACUGCCAGGACCCAGCAGGAGUUGAAAAGUCACCUCCUUUUAAGCCUGUGAGACAGGUACCCCGGAUAUCCUGCACCUUGAAGUAGUGCCCUAAAGAGCAUUUUGGAUUAGGAGCCUCAACGCGUCUCAACUGUGUGGUUUUUCAAAUCUCAGGUUUGUUCCAGCUUGUGCACUUUCAAAAUUCAAUAGUAAUUGUCGAAAACCAUAUACAUGUAACUUACUAGAGCACUAGCUUGCGGUGCAAAGUGAAGCCUGCUGGGUGUAUGACCCUAAUCCUAACCUGCGUUACAUUUUGAAUACUUCAUUCUGAAUUCGUUCAGUUUUAUUUCGUUAUGUUCUUCAGACACGUCUAGGAUUUCAAAAUGUCGUUGAUCCUGUGAUCAAAAUUUCUUCACAUAGGAAAUGAGAUUUAGCAUUCUGGUUUAUUUAUGUAGCUCUAUGCCUACAACAAACAUGAAGCCGCGGUCAGAGAUGAACCUGCAAUUUCGAGAAACGGCCGUAGCUCUGAUUUUGUAAUGUGUCCUUUAAAGUUAGUAGGCAGAUGAAUGAAUUGUAAUUAAUAUCACAGAAUCACCAGUGCACUGUUGGUACAUGUAAAUCUGAAAAGCCUCUUUUUGCCUGCUUGUUAGAGGUCAAAGCUGGGAUUUUCGGAGAUGGUAGAUUUUCGACAGUUAUUUGCAGCGUGGACCAGUAAGUUUGUGAACCUUUUUGUUUAGAGCUACUAAUACUCUGAGCCUGAACAAACGAGAGGACUUGGUUGCUCUGUAGGCAAUCACUUUCGGCCCAGACGACUAGCCCAACUUGCGCCAAGCUGCUUGACACAAGCAACCAUUUCGUAGUUUACCUCAAUUAUUAACCUUCAUUGCCUACUCAUCAUUGCUAGAAAUCUUGCAAAUUCCCCCAUGGACCACUGUUUGACCCAUCUCUUUGUAUAUGUACUUAAACCUUUGAGGAAGAUCAAGCAUAAUGGAAUGCAGCAGUGGCUGUGAUGCACCAUUGUAAGUCCCUGCAUAUAUCCUUCAGGAUCUCAUAGAGGAGUUGGAAGAAUUUAGGAGUGGUAAAAUUCAAGGCUGGCUUCUGGUUAAAAGCUGACCGUAUUUGAGUUCAAUUGGAAGCGCUUUUGCCAGAGAUUUUCAACUGAGCGGCUGUUGCAUACAGAGAAUUGACCACAGGAGCAAUUUCUGACAACCUGAUAUGCUCCACAAGCUGUAAAUACUGACUAGUAUGCCUCAGAUGAUGUCACUCUUUUGCUCAUGAAUAUGCAUAUUGUUAUCAGUAUCAAAAAGCAUAAAAUACCCAGAGAUAGAUCUUUAUACCUGGCAGUCCAAAGCAAGAAAAUACACAUACGCAGGACACACAUGUCCAGCAUGAAGAUUCCUUGACCUGAAUUCUUUUACAUGUCCAUAGGCACUUGAAUCAGUUUGUUCAUGGACCAAGUGUUUAUAAAGAAAUGGACACGGGAAAAAAAGAAAAACAACAUAGCAACAUGUAGAGGGAACAAUCACCUGCCAGUGAGGUGUCACUACUACCUGUAACAUCUUAAGCUCGGGUAGUUUUUUGUGAAGGAGGGCGAGGGUGAUCGCAAUGUAUUGCAUGUUGCGAACCAAAAGUAAGCAGUUCCAGGGUUUAUUUGGCAUGUUUGUAUUUAAACUGGCAGAGAAAUAAGUGUACAGAUUAUAGGGAAGAAAUAUUUUCUAACUCGCAGGGUAUUCAUACCUAAUGUCUACGGUUGGUAUGUGUACAGUAACAUUUCAAGAAGUCUCCUUAGACGACUCCGUAUGUAAAAACUCAGAGUACUGAGAUAUUUUUUGGAAAUAUAAUGUAUGAGUAACUCGUGGUUUCCAUGUAUGAGCGUGCUCUGUGUAUUCAUUGGUACAUGAAAUGUACAGAUGUUGUGUACUGCAUGGGAAAAUGCCACUUAGGGCCAUGAUACAUUGUCCUUAGUAGUAUUCGGAAAGUCCAGAAAUGACUCUUUUGCUCUGUUCUGCUGUUCUGUGCUUUACGUAAACUGUACCGUGUGCAUGAAGUCCGCUACGUGUAUUUACGUCGAAAAUGUUACAGGAUUUCUGACGAUUUUUUUUUUACUAAGUCGUAUCAUUUUGGGUUUAUUGUGUUUACUUUUGACGGAGGAGAUAUAGCUCAUGCAGUGAAAUAACCGAAUUUUUGUAUAUGUCUUCUGGCUUUACGUAAUGUGUCAUAGUUGACAGUUGAAAAAAUAGUUGUAUUACGUUAUAUGCAUUGUAAUAAAUGUCUUGUAGAAUCUCA